GUGUAUCCUAAGAAUAACGUACGACAAUAAAGAUUCUCGUUUUUUUGUACUUAAAAUUUGUUAAAAAUGGCUCGAGACACUGUAAAAAAUGUCACUCCAGCUGAGGAACCUUCGAGUAAGGAUAAACAAAAAGCAAAGGAGGAAAAUGAAGCUAAAACCGAUGGAGAGAAAAAAGACGAAGUCGAAGAAUUAUCGGAAGAAGAUCUCCAAUUAAAGAAUGAGUUGGAAAUGCUAGUAGAAAGAUUGAAGGAAGGAGAUGUUAAUCUUCAUAGACCAGCAUUAGAAAGCCUUCGAACGUUGAUUCGUACGUCUACCAGUUCAAUGACCUCCGUUCCAAAGCCAUUGAAGUUUUUAAGAUCUCAUUACGUUACCAUAACUGAAAUUUACCAGAAUUGGCCACCGGGUGAUAACAAAUUAUUUCUAGCAGACAUUUUAUCAGUGUUAGCAAUGACUUACGAUGAGGGUAAAAGGGAAUCUUUAAAAUAUAGAUUGCAAGGAUCACGUGAAGAUCCAGGUUCUUGGGGGCACGAAUACGUGAGACAUUUAUCAACCGAAAUCGGCCAAGAAUAUGUCUCCCGUACAGAGAAGGAGCUUAGCACGGACGAUCUCAUGGCACUUGCUUUGGAGGUUGUUCCAUUUUUCUUAAAACAUAAUGCUGAAGCCGACGCUGUUGACUUGCUAUUAGAAUUGGAAGCAAUUGACCAACUACCUCAAUAUGUAGAUAAAGAUACAUAUGCACGUGUUUGCCUCUAUAUGGUUAGUUGUGUUAACUUGUUAGUACCCCCAGAUGAUAUACAAUUUUUACGCACAGCUCAUCAAAUUUAUCGUCAGCAUGAUAAAUAUACUGAAGCUGUGUCACUAGCUAUUCGGCUUGGAGACCAUGAUUUGAUAAAGGAAGAUUUUGAAGCAGCGGGACAUAUAGAUGCACUUUUGCAAAAGCAAAUCGCUUUUCAAUUGGGAAGGCAACAAAUUGACAUCCCCGAGAUUGAAGAUGAAGAUCUUAAGGAGAUAUUGAGUAAUUCACACCUAUCUAAACACUUCAUUGCUCUUGCAAAAGAGUUAGAUGUUCUCGAACCAAAGACACCAGAAGAUAUUUAUAAGAGCCAUCUAGAAAAUAUUCGACCAGGAUUUACGAGCGGAAGUGUUGAUUCAGCACGACAAAAUUUAGCAUCCACUUUUGUAAAUGCUUUUGUUAAUGCUGGAUUUGCUAAAGAUAAAUUAAUCUCAAUAGAGGAUGGUACAACGUGGAUUUAUAAAAAUAAAGACCAUGGAAUGUUGAGCGCAGCUGCUUCUAUCGGUAUGAUUAUGUUAUGGGAUGUUGAUCUCGGAUUGUCGCAUGUUGAUAAAUAUUUAUACUCUAGUGAAGAUCAUAUUCAAGCCGGUGCUCUUCUUGCCAUCGGGCUUAUAAAUACUGGAGUUCGUAAUGAGAAUGAUCCAGCUUUUGCUUUACUUUCAGAACACAUUGAAAAACCAAAAGCAAUGAUGCGAAUUAGCGCUAUAGUUGGACUUGGUAUGGCGUAUUCUGGGUCCCACAGAGAAGAUGUUCAAGAAUUAUUAUCUCCGUUCAUUAGUGAUACUACAUUAAAUAUGGAAAUUGCUUCACUUGCAGCUCUAUCGUUGGGGUUGGUAUUUGUAGGAUCUUGCCAUGGAGAUAUUACAAGUACAAUAUUACAAACAAUGAUGGAACGUGACGAAUCUCAAUUAAAAGAAACUUGGGGAAGGUUUAUGGGUCUCGGAUUAGCUUUAUUAUAUCUUGGAAAGCAAGAUGCUGCUGAAGCAACUCUUGAAACUUUGAAAGCUAUUGAGCACCCUAUUGGUAAACAGGUCAGAAUAUUGGUAGAAAUUUGUUCUUAUGCAGGAACUGGAAAUGUACUUAAAAUCCAGGAUAUGUUACACGCGUGCAAUGACCAUUUAGAUAAAGAGAAAGAGGAUGAUUUGCAUCAGGCUUUUGCUGUAUUAGGUGUAGCUCUGAUAGCUAUAGGUGAAGAUAUUGGUGCUGAAAUGGCAUUAAGGACAUUCAAUCAUUUGAUGCAUUAUGGUGAACCAGUGAUUCGUCGUGCAGUUCCUCUUGCAUUAGGAUUGCUGUGUGCCUCUAAUCCACUUCUUAAUGUCCUUGAAACGUUAAGUAAAUAUUCUCAUGAUAAUGAUGCGGAUGUUGCUAUUAAUGCUAUUUUUGCUAUGGGCCUUGUUGGUGCAGGAACAAAUAAUGCACGAUUGGCACAAAUGUUGAGACAACUUGCAUCAUAUUAUCAUAAAGAACCAAAUUGCUUAUUUAUGGUUCGAAUUUCACAGGGGUUAUUACAUAUGGGUAAAGGGACAAUAUCAAUUAAUCCAUAUCAUUCUGAUCGUCAAUUAAUGUCGCCUGUUGCUAUAGCCGGCCUUUUAGCAACCUUAGUUGCUUUUACUGACACUAAGACAUUUAUACUGGGUAGAAACCAUUGGUUCUUAUAUUACUUGGUUACAGCGAUGUAUCCAAGAUUCUUGAUUACUCUUGAUGAAGAUUUGAAUAGUUUGCCAGUUACUGUUCGUGUAGGACAAGCUGUUGAUGUAGUAGGACAAGCAGGAAGACCAAAGACUAUUACUGGGUUUCAAACACAUUCAACACCUGUAUUGCUGGCACAUUCAGAACGUGCUGAAUUGGCUACAGAAGAAUAUAUAUCAUUAUCUCACGUUCUUGAAGGAUUUGUCUUGUUACGUAAGAAUCCUGACUUUAUGGAAGAAGAUAAAGAAUAAUAAUGAUUUAGCACUACGAAAUAUUUUAUUAUGUUAUUAAUGAUAUAAUGUCAUUGAUAAUUUAUAUUUGGUAAUUGAAUGAUUUAUAAAUAUUUAUGAGAUUAGAGAAGUGAAUUGUAAAGAUGACCAAUUAUAUAAUUGUGAAAAACUCUUUGUCUAGUUAUGAAAUAGAUAAAAUUGUUUAUUGAAAUUAAUUUUAUAUAUCAACUUAUUUUUGUUAGAAAUGAAAUUUUUUUACA